UUCAGAGGUCAGCCUUCCGGAAGCAGAAGAAGAAGAAAACAGUGUGGUCCACAUGGGAAACUUUAGCUGCUGAUUGUAGAAACAAACACUGACUAUCUCUGCGCCGAACCUUAAAUCAGCACUUUUCUGUGAGGAGUUUGGUUCUGUUGGCGGAACAUGGAGGAGGUGAACGUCAUCAAGCUGCCGCCGACGGAGGAGAAAGCAGCGGGAAAGAAAAGGACUCGAGCCCCGAAGUUUAACCCCGAGCAAGAGGCUAAAAUACGGCGGACUAACGUGAAGAGGCUGUCGGUGCUGGGAGAGGAGGACACCUCGGUGAAGCUGCUGGAGGAGCUGGUGUUCGGAGCCGAGGACGAGCUGGUGGAGAGACUCGUGGAGGAGGAUGACGAGCCGACCGGAGCUCUGCUGGCGGAGGACGAGGACGAAGAGUCGGCUGAGUCGGAGGACGAAGCUCGCCUGGCUCUCCGGCCGACCCGAGCGGCCGCCUGGGUGGACGAGGAUGACGAGCUGGAGGAAGAGGUGGACAUGAAGCAUCGUUACCGUAGAGACCUGAUCAGAGGAGAGGCGGAGUCGACCAUGACCAAACAGAAACUACAGCAGAGGAUGAGAGAGCAGUUUCAGAGGUCGAUGGGAGGAGCUCCGUCGUGGGCGGAGAGCAAGAAGAAGAAGAAGAAAAAAGAUGAAGAUGAUGAAGAUGAUGAAGAUGAUGAAGAUGACGACCUGCUGAGGAGGACAGGGAACUUCGUGGCGUCCUCAGACAGUCUGCCCAGCGGCAUCCUGAGGAUGAAGAAAUGUCUUCACGCGAACGCCGCCCGUCCAUCAGAGGACCGACUGACCACCGUCCAGUUCCACCCGUCCGCUCAGGUCGUCAUGACCGCCGGCCUCGACCAAUCGGUGUCUCUCUUCCAGGUGGACGGGAAGACGAACCCGAAGAUCCAGAGCAUCCACCUGGAGCGGUUCCCGGUCCACAGAGCUCAGUUCAGCCGGGACGGGGAGACGGUGAUCGCCACCAGCCUGAAGAACAAAAUGUUCUACCUGUACGACAUGAUGGAGGGCCGGGUCACACCUGUCCACUCGGUCAGAGGUCUGAAUGAAGCCAGGGUGAAGGAGUUCUCUGUGUGUCCUGAAGGAGGCGCUCUGCUGCUCACAGGAACCAACGGAUACCUGCACCUCCUCACGCUCAAGACGAAGGAGGUGGUUCGCAGUUUGAAGAUAAACGGUGAUGUCAGCGGCGUCGCUUUCUCUCGUGACGGCAGUAAAGUCUUCGCCAACUCAGAGGACGGGGAGGUGUAUGUGUGGGACAUGCGCAGCAGUCGCUGUGUGAACAGGUUCACAGACGAAGGCUGCGUGACGGGAACGUCCAUCGCCGCCUCGCCCAACGGACAGUUCCUCGCCUGCGGCUCUCAGUCGGGCGUGGUCAACGUCUACUCCCAGGAGGCGUGUCUUAAUUCAGCCAAUCCCAGGCCUCUGAGAGCAGUGAUGAACCUGCUGACCUCAGCGACCUCUCUGGCCUUUAACCCCUCGUCUGAGAUCCUCGCCAUCGCUUCCCGGGCCGAGGACGAGGCCGUACGGCUGGUCCACCUCUCCAGUCUGUCCGUGUUCUCCAACUUUCCCGUCUCGAAGAAGAAGAUUGUUUAUCGAGCGAGCUGCGUCGACUUCUCUCCACACAGCGGCUUCUUCUCAUUGGCUAACAACAAAGGACACGCCCCCCUCUUCAGGUUACUGCAUUAUAAAGACUUCUGAAGGAACUCUGAAGCACCAGGACUCGGACCAGGACUCGGACCAGGACUCGGACCCGUCUGUUGUAUUUUAUUGUGGAGCAGCAGAGAGGAUGAUGGGAAACCAGAUAAUUUAGCGUCUGUUUUUAUUUUCUGUGCAGUGAUUGUAUAAAAGAUCUAAAACAGUUCAA